GCUGGCACGGGACAUCCUGCACACAUACUCAGCGUCACACGCCCAUGCAGUCAAAGCCCAAAGCCAGGCUUGCCAUGGAUUGGUGAGCACGGCCUCACAUGGUCUGGGCUCAUCGGGUGCCGCGCGCGGACGAGAGUGAUGACACCAGAUUCCAUGCAGCCUCCCAGCACCUUGAGGAGGAGAGAAGAAGGCUGCUGGUGGAUGCGCAGGCCAAGCAGCAGGAGCAGACAGCCCUGGAGGUGGAAGUGAAGCGGCUAAGGAAGGAGCUGGAGCUCCAGCGCUCGGAGACGAAUGAGCAGACCCGCUUCCUGCGGGAGCGUUUAGAGCAUCAGCGCCGGGAAGGGGCGACUUUGGAGCUGGAGAUUCUCAAGGCGCAGAUCGGGGUGUCCGAUCGGAGCGAGGAGUCCAAGGAGGUGAAGCACGAGGUGGAGUGCAAGACCCAGGAGAUCCUGAAGGCGAUGCAGCUGCUGUCCGAUCAGCAGAGAAGCACCUUCCAGCACGUCUCCACCCUCACUUCCGACAUGCUCCGGGCCUGUUCGAGAACUCAAGGCGAUGAGUCAAGAGGUGCAAGCCAUCGGUCGCUCACCAUGCAGCGCCAACCCUCGCCGCAGCCGGCAGCGCCACCAGCGCCAACGACACAACCGGCUCCCCACACGCCGAUGCAGGCGGUGUCGCCUUCCGGGGCGGCGUUGGAGGAGGGCUCGCUGCCGUGGUUUCAGGGGAUGAAAGCCAAUCUGGAGGAGUUUGGAGACGUGGAGGUCUUCCUGGAUCAGCAGGCGCAGGAGUGCAUGAGCUGCUGCCAAGCCAUCGAGGCCGCCUAUCGCGCACGGCCCCGGAAGUGCAGCCAUGUCUUCCACGUGGAGUGCCUCCUGCACUGCUGGAGUGAAGGCAUUUGCCCCGUGUGUGGCACCUCCUUUGCCCCCGAGGCGUGACUGGCCAAAAGCUGCGCAGCACCUUGGGUGGACGUGUAGGCAAGGCGCGACGGGGACUCCGUCGAGGCAGCGCGAAGUG